AUGUCUUCCGUGGCCGUUGUACUAAACAAUGCUACUACUAUUGAUGCUGGGCCAGAGCUGCGCGGAGUAUUUGAACGUUGUGUCCCUUUCCUUGACGCGCAACGGAGUGUUUUGGAUAUCAUUUUGCUUGAGCCAUUCGACUCGCCGACUAGCCUCGACUUGACUUUACUGAAGAUAUACGGGACCAGUCGGAACAUACUUCUGAAGCAGAAGCUGUACACGACCCCGAUAAAUGUUUUGUUCAACGUCAGUAUGGAAGCGUACAGCCGAAUGAAGUGGGACGUUGUAUUCCUGAGCGAUCGCCUGCUGCAGGAUGCGUUCCCGCACAGGCAGAUAGAGCUGUUUGAUAGUCCGGCGAUGGCGGCUGCGGGGCCGGUCGAGAGUGGCGGUAGAGACAAGUACGCUGUUAGCGCGCUGGGAGGCACUUUCGACCACUUACACGACGGACAUAAAAUAUUGCUCAGUGUUGCCGCGCUCGUGACUGCGUCCCGGCUGAUCGUGGGGAUUACAGAUGAAGAACUGCUGCGGAACAAGAAAUACAGGGAGCAGCUUCAGUCCUUCGACGAACGAUGCGAUAACGUGUGCAGCUUCCUUCACAGGCUGAAACCGGGGCUGGAAAUCAAAAUAUUUGCGUUACAUGACGUGUGCGGGCCCACGGGUAGCGAACCUGGUAUCGAAGCCCUGGUAGUGAGUGAGGAAACUGUGGCCGGUGCCCAGACAAUCAACGAUACGCGUGAGAGCAAAGGAAUGAGGAAGCUAGCCGUGCAUGUGGUGAACGUACUGGGGGGCGAAGAGGCUGACAAGUGGAAAAACAAGUUGAGCAGCACAGAACUUAGACGACGUCUCAUGAAUGAAGACAGUUAA